UGAUGUCAGUACCAUUCUUGCCUGCCGAGCAUAUUAAGGAGGCCUUCCACUACCUUCAGGCCCAAGCAUUAAAUCAUCCUCUCCAACUACUCUGCCAGUAUAUUGAGGCAACUUAGCUGCAGCACAGCACUUGGGUGCUGCAAACUGGUCGGUGCUCAUGUGAGCCAUACGCACUAACAACGAUGUUGAAGGGUGGCAUCGUCGGCUGAAUGAGAGGGCAGGCCACCAGUUUGUCCUAUUUUACACAGUUGUUGCACUGCUUCACAGCAAGAGAAAUCUUAAACUAUGGGUGCAUGCAUGCCUUGUUUGUUUGGCACUGCAGAUGAUUAUGAUCAAAACCAACCAGAUGAGGAGACAAGACGUAAACAGCAAGCAGAAGCAGCAGAGAAACGUUUCAAGCAGGAGGAGUCCAGGGGAUUAGCAGACCCAGAGGGAGCGAAGAAACGACGACAACAAAAGGAAGAAGCUGAGAGGAAAGCAGAAGAACUGGAGCAGAAAGGAGGUGGUGAAAACAAACUGUCUUGGCAAGUUGGCUGAGAGAUGCAGGUUUCCUGUACCAGAAGAUGAACACUUCAUUGAGAAAUCUACUGAUAACCUGCCCAUCUGCUAUAUUUUGUAUAUAUCAAUGAACAUGCACAUAUAUGCUAUUUAUUUGAAAAAUUGCAAUGUUGAUUGGGCCAUUAUAUCUUAGCCUUUUGUUAUUGAUGUUUUACUUAUUUUAUUUCAUAUUUUUGUAAGCAUAAAUCAUAAGCAGAUGACAGAAGUUCUUUUCCAACAUGUUGUACAGUGCAGAUCAUCUCAAAUUGCAACAUGUUUUCAUUUCUUGAUUUUGCAAUCUGUUGUAUGUAUUAAAUUUCCAAUAAACACUUAAUAGAUUUUGAAAAUCAUUGGAUUAAAUGGAUGUUUGAUAGCUGUAUUGUCACUUUGCAAAUUUAAUUUACUGUUGUUGACAGUAGUUUGUUGAUGUAUAUCAAAUAAUUGUUCACAUUUCAGAACUUUCAUUGAAUAAAGUACUUUCAGGUCACAGCCUUAAUAGGAUCAAUGGUAAAUAUCAUUUAUCCAAAGCAAUUUGGAGGAAUAUCACUGAAGUAAAAACUGUGCUGGCAUAGUGUCAUGUCAUUGCUGGGAUCAAAAUAUUGUGCAUGCCUUCUUACUUCAGUAUAUUAUUUCGGUGUUAAACAUGUACUGAAUGGAUACUGGGAUUCAUACGACAUGCAAAUAAUGCUUUGGAUUAUCGACAAGGUAAUGUUUAUUCAGUAGUAUGAUGAAUAAUACUCGGCAUGUUGAGAUUCAUAUAACAUGCAAAUAAUGCUUUGGAUUAUUGACAAGGUAAUGUUUAUUCAGUAGUAUGAUGAAUAAUACUCGGCAUGUUGAGAUUCAUAUAACAAGCAAAUAAUGCUUUGGAUUAUUGACAAGGUAAUGUAUAUUCAGUAGUAUGAUGAAUAAUACUCGGCAUGUUGAGAUUCAUGUAACAAACAAAUAAUGCUUUGGAUUAUUGACAAGGUAAUGUAUAUUCAGUAGUAUGAUGAAUCAUACCUGGUUUGCUGCAUUUUUCAAUUCACAUUCUAAUUUAUUUACUGCUGGUUACGAAAGUAAAACAGAAAUUUCAACAAAAACAACAUAGGGGUACUGUGGUGGACUCAAAGCAAGAAAACAGUGAUUUAUGUCCAUUCAUGUAUACUUUGUUGAUAUACCGGACUACCGGUGCAGGUAACCGUAGGCAGUAAAUGGAAUGAAGUCACACAUACAUGUGUGUGUGUACAUGUACAUGUUGGUGGUAGUAUAGUAGCAUUUGGUUAGCAGCACAUCUGUGAUGAUAUCCACUUAAUAAGCUCAGGUUGUAAAGGUAGCAUUCCACCAACAAGUUAUGUUUAUCUGUUCCACAGUAAAGAAAGAUGCAUAUUUAUGAAAAUCAGAUAAGAGAACAUGCCUUAAUGACUGAGUAUGGGCCAAGUGUAUGGAGGCUAGGACUGAAUGUUCUUGCACGGUUAAGUUCAUGCGUAGGUUCCUUAUUUAACCCUAAUGGGGGGGGGUUGAAAAAAGUGUGUAUAAUGGGAAGAUUCAGGACCGUUUGGGGUUUGAAACAAAAUGUUGGAAAUCAAGAGAUAUUGGCCUUUGUCUGCCACAUACAAAAACCUAUGGUGUUGUGAUAUCUGUUGAAGAUUUUCAUAAAUACCUCCUAUCUGCAUUUUCAAAUUUCUAUUUGACUGGAGAAAAAAAUCCAACAGCAAUGAUUGAUUUUGUUACGCCUCAUAAAAUACCUUGCUCUUAGUUUUCCAUGUUCCAUGUGUGUUAUUAGCAGAGGUAAAAUUAUAUCGACCAAAAACCUAAAAUGAUAUAAAUGGGAUCCACACUAAGAGAGGCCAAGGGUGGAUGCGAGAGGCCAGCUGGAGCCUUUUAUUUCUAAAAAAACCAAAUGACUAUUUCAUUUUGGUCCAUUUCAUUUCCUUCCCUUCAAAAAGCUUGUAAAAGCCUUAAACUGUAGUCCCAAACACUCAGGAAGGUGGUAAACGUCACAUGAAAAAUUUUCAAACAUUUGGCUCCCAUAAAACAAGCUAGACCCCUCCCCCAAAAAUUUGGUUCUGGAUCUGUUCUUGAGAGAAGUAAAAGCUAGGGUUAACAUGGGUGAUUCAUUUGGUUGUUAAAUAUAUACAUGUAUGUAUGUAUCUAAUAUUCAGAAAUUGCCCUGUCAUGCUAAGCAAGUCACCCAGUGCACUGUGUUUAGGCCCCUGCCCUUCCAGUCCUGUAAAUUUAACAGAUGUCGGUAAACAAACUAUAAGAUGUAUGGAACUGUAUAUGGAAUGGAACUGUAUAUGGAAUGGAACUGUAUAUGGAAUGGAACUGUAUAUUUUAAAUUAGGAAAUAAAAGAAGCACUACUGUUUAAACUCUAAA